GGUCAGCGAAGCAGGACCAGGUAACAGACGGUUUCUCUUGGCACACGGACGAGAUUCUUCCUUGGGGGCUGUGCUGGAGAGAGCCUGAAGAGGACGGGAGAGUGGCUGCAGCUGGAUUCUGGGGUGGAAGGCGUGGAAGAGCUGCAUCCAGCUGAUCUCUGAGCAGCGCCUGAGGCUUACCUGCACCAGACACUGCCAGCCCACAUCCCCAGUGGCCAAGCCUUUUGCUGCAAGCAUGGACAUCGUGGAGAGGGUCCUCUCCGUGGCCCAGGCCAUCCAUGCCCAAUUCGAGCAGGUGAAGUGCUGUAAGCACCAGUGCCAGCGCCUCGUGGAGCGCAUCCAGAUCCUGCUGGAGCCCGUGAGGAUACUUAGGGCUCAGCCACGACAGCACAUCUCCCACCACGAAGAGGAACUGAUGAAAAAACUGCUCUGGGCACUGUGGGAAGCCCAGAAACUGGUGAUGAAAUACAGCCAGACCAGCUGGAUCCAGAAGUUCCUGCGAGCCCGAAGUGCUGGUGAGGAGUUUGUCUGGGUGAAUGAAAGCCUGGAGGACAUUGCCCAGGGCCUCUCGCUCCUGCUGCAGGCAGAGCAGAAGCAGGCCUUCCUGGAAGCCUUCCAGUCAAAGACAUGUCGCAGGCAGGAUGCUGAGGACCUGAGGGAUGACAGAGCUUUCUUGGACCAGGUGAUUGCAAGUACUGAGGAGCCCCAAGGUGUGGCUGAGGAGAUCUACAUCGACAGGCAGUAUAUGGAGAACAAGGUAGACUGGAUGCAAAGCGAGCUGAACAAAGUCAUUCGUGAGAUGGAGCGCUUGAAGAAGGUCAACGUUGGUAAAAGAGAAGACAUCACUGAGAUCAAGCGGGACCAACUCACUUUCCACAGGCACCUACAGGACACCGAGAGCUAUGACCUUUAUGAGGGCGAGUACCUCAAGUACCCUGUUGCCAUCAAAACUUUCAAGAGGCCACUGACCACUGACCCAGUCAAGGUGAGAGACAUCUUUGAAAAGGAGAUUCAGACCCUGAAGAAGUUUGAGUCUCCAAACAUCCUGCGCAUGUACGGGAUCUGCAUUGAGGAGAACGACGGGAGCCCCUGCUUCUCCAUCGUCAUGGAGUACUGUAAGCACGGGACGCUGCGGGAUGUGCUGAACAAGCAACAGCAUCUUUCCUGGGACAUCCGCAUUCGGAUGGCCCUGGGAGCUGCCAGAGGCCUUUACAGGUUGCACCAGACAGGGGAGAAGUCCCGAGUCCACGGCUGCAUCUGCAGUAGCAAGUUCCUGGUGGCUGGGGAUUACUGUGUGAAGCUGUCAGGAUUUGAGCUGUGCGAAACAGAAUCAUCCAUCAAGAGAAAAGCCCAGAAGAAUUGGAAACAAGUCUCUAUGUUGGCUUACAUCGCUCCAGAGAACCUAAAAGACAUCACCUACCCUUACAAGAGGCCCUGUGAAAUAUACAGCUUUGGGAUCGUUCUGGCAGAGAUUGCAACCUCCAAAAUCCCAUUUGAAGGCUGCACUUCUGAGGAGAUCGUGGAGAAAAUCUGCAAUCACCAUUACUGGGAUCCUCUUGGGGAAGAUUGUCCUGACGACCUGAGGAAAAUCAUUGAACAGUGCCGGGCCUUUGAGCCUUCCCAGCGCCCUUCUGCCGAGGAGAUUGUGGACUUGCUGGCUGACCUGGAAAAAAGCAGAAACCACGGAAGUUAACUGUGAAAAACGGGGCUGGGUGACCAGAGGCAGCAAGGCCAGGAGUGCCACUCACCCAUCUUCCCCCUCACAGAGACUGAUGGCUCGAUACACCUGUGUUUGUUUCUGUGUGUGACACCUUCACCUCGCCAAGGGGCCGUGCCUGGGUCACCUCGGAGGCAGCUGGGGUUGAGGUGACUUGAGGAGAGGCCAGCAGGAAGCCUGGGGGGACCAGAGGGAUGGAACAUAGCUUCUUUUACAAGGAAAAGGGAGUUGAGCCUGUUCAGCCUCGAGAAGAGACGACGGAGAGGAGACUUCAUCAGUGUCUGUCACUAUUUGGUGUCAGAGGAUGAACCAGGCUCUGCUGGGUGGUGCCCAGCAAUAGGACAAGAGGCAACGGGCAGAAAAUGAUACACAGGCAGUUCCACUCGAAUAUGUGGAAGAACUUCUUUACUGAGUUUACAGUGAUCAUACACUGGAACAUUGCCCAGAGAGGGUGUGGAGUUUCCCCUCACUGGCGAUACUCCAGAAGCAUCUGGAUGCAAUCCUGUGAAACGUGCUCUAGGACAACCCUGCUUGAGCAGGGAGGUGGGACCAG